AAUACUCUCGAGGAUUUUUCAAUUUGGCUUUACUAUCACCACUCAUUCAGAAAAGCUAAUCUUUACAAUUUAUCCCUUCCCUUUCUCAAAAACCUUUACCAAUGAUCACACCUCCCAUCCUUCACCUCUCACCCCCUCCGCCUCCUACCGCUUUCCCCCACUAUCCACCCUUCCUCUGUGCCCUAACCAGACAAGGUCACCGCUUUCUCUCUUCCCUCCUCACCACCCAAGACCCUUCCGCCGCCCUCGGCUUACUCCGCAAAUUCGUCUCCUCAUCUUCCAAACACGUCGCCCUCACCACCCUCUCCCAUCUCCUCUCCCCCUCCCCCUCCAACUCCAAUCCCCGCCUUUCCUCUCUUGCAUUUCCCUUGUAUUCAAUGAUCAAGCAGGAAUCAUGGUUCAGCUGGAACACUAAGCUACUGGCAGAUUUGAUUGCUUUCUUAUACAAGGAAGAACAUUUUGAUGACGCUGAAGAUUUGCUUACUGAAACAGUUAUGAGAUUGAGGUUCAAAAAAAGAGAUUUGUGUAUGUUCUACUGUAAUUUAGUAGAAUCUCACGCUAAGCACAAGUCGGAGGGAGGGGUUUUAGAUUCUUGCACACAGUUGAGACAUCUGAUUUUUCUGACAUCUUCUGUCUAUGUGAGGCACAGAGCGUAUGGAUCAAUGGUUGCCGGAUUUUGUGAAGUGGGACUACCUGAUAAGGCUGAGAAUUUGAUGCAAGAAAUGAGAGAGAACGGAUUGAAACCAUCUGUCUUUGAGUUGAGAUCUCUUGUCUAUGGAUAUGGACAGAUGGGAUUUCUUGAGGAUAUGAAGAGGAGUAUUGUUCAAGUAGAAAAGGACGGGUUUGAAUUGGAUACAGUUGGUUGUAAUAUGGUGCUUUCAUCAUUUGGAGCUCAUAAUGAGCUUCUGGAAAUGCUCUCAUGGUUGAAGAAAAUGACAACUUUGGGAAUACCAUUCUCAACUAGAACGUAUAAUUCUGUUCUAAAUUCAUGUCCAACCAUUAUCUUGAUGCUGGAAGAUAUGAAAAAUUUACCUUUGUCGACUGAUGAGUUGCUGGGUAAUUUGAAAGUGGAAGAAGCCAAUUUGGUGCUGGAAUUGCUGAAAUCAACAGUUUUGGAUCAGGUAAUGGAAUGGGGCUCUUCAGAGUUGAAACUGGAUAUGCAUGGAAUGCAUUUAACCACUGCAUAUUUGGUACUGCUACAAUGUUUCAAGGAGUUGAAACUGAGGUUUCUUGCAGGAAAUCACACCACUCCAACUGAAAUCUCUGUGAUUUGUGGGUGUGGGAAGCAUAGUUCUACAAGAGGGGAAUCACCGGUAAAAAGUUUGACAAAGGAGAUUAUAAAAAGGACUAAAUGCCCUUUGAGGAUUGAUAGGAAAAAUGUUGGGUGUUUCAUUGGUAGAGGAAAAGUUUUCAAGGAUUGGCUACUUCACAAGGACGCCAACCAGAAUCCUCCGGAUACUUCAUGAUUCAAUGUACCUUCAGCGAUGUUGCACCACAUAUGUUCAUUUAUUCCACCUCCUGAUCAAUUUGAUGUUCAAUUUACCUGGGA